CCGAAAAAAUUAUCCUCAUUCAUCAACUUCGAAAGUGGGAACACUAAUACCAACUUUCAACUUUUCCUUUGUUCGUCCAUUCAUUCAUCAGCUCGAGAAAACCCCUAAAACAAAAUCCUUUUUCAAACCCAUUUUAAAAUUAAUCCCAAAAACAUAAUAAAAAAAUAAAAAUGAAAAAAGUUAUUCUUAAACCCUUUACUUAAAGUUGAUUAAUUAAACAAUAAUCGUAAUACUGGUAAUUAAGCAUGGAAUCUUUGAUAAUAUAAAAAGGGCACUCUUUUUGCCCCAUUUUUUUUCUCACUCUUCACAGUCACUCUUCUCCUGCCGCUUAUCACUCAAAAUGGCACUUACAACCUGUUGUGCUGCUACUACUGCUGCUGCUAUUCUUUUCUUCUUGGUUGCUAACUUUGCUUCAGCUAUCGAAGAUGGUCUAUUAGUAAAUGGAGACUUCGAGACCCCACCAGCAGGAGGAUUCCUAAGCACAAACGACGGCAUAGUAGACGGGCCCACAACAAUUCCAGGCUGGCAAUCAAACGGCACAGUAGAGCUAGUCUCAUCAGGUCAAAAACAAGGUGCUAUGAUCCUAAUUAUCCCAGGAGGAACACACGCCGUCCGAUUAGGCAACGAAGCUCAAAUCACGCAAGAUCUAAAGGUCGAGAAAGGCUCAGUCUAUGCUGUUACAUUUAGUGCUGCUCGUACUUGUGCUCAACUUGAGUCACUUAAUGUAUCUGUUGUCCCUACUCGAGCAUCCUCAGCCGUUGAUCUUCAGACUGUUUAUACCGAUCAAGGGUGGGAUUCGUAUGCUUGGGCUUUUGAAGCUGAUGAUGAAGAUGUUAAGUUGGUGUUGAUGAAUACUGGUAUGGAAGAGGACCCCACUUGUGGACCUAUUAUUGAUGAUGUUGCUAUUAAGAAGAUGUUUGUUCCUGAUAAGCCCAAAGGUAACGUAGUGCUCAAUGGCGAUUUUGAAGAGGGUCCAUGGUUGUUCAAGAACGAGUCCCUCGGCAUCCUUAUUCCAACCAAUCUCGACGAGGAAACCACUCCAUUACCGGGCUGGAUUGUCGAAUCAAACCGUGCAGUUCGAUACGUGGAUUCAUACCACUUUGAUGUUCCAGAGGGAAAGAGAGCUAUUGAACUCUUGUCAGGAAAAGAAGGCAUCAUAUCACAAAUGGUUGAGACGACACCAAAGAAAGAGUACACCCUAAGCUUCUCAAUGGGACAAGGCGGAGAUAAGUGCAAAGAGCCCCUAGCUAUCAUGGCAUUUGCUGGGGAUCAAGCACAAAACUUCCAUUACACACCCGACUCCAACUCUACUUUCCGUCGAGAGGGCCUCAACUUCACUGCCAAGGCUGACAGGACCCGGAUUGCCUUCUAUAGUGUGUACUACAACACGCAGACUGAUCAUAUGAGCUCUCUUUGCGGUCCAAUGUUGGACGAUGUAAAGGUGUGGGGAGCUUCUGGUUCUUCCAAAAUUGGUGUUGGAAUGUUUGGUCUUGGGUUUUGGAUUGUUGUCCUCAUUUUGGUCUAGAAUUUAGUUAAGAGGUUAGUUAUUAAGUGGGGUGUUAUUUAUAAAUAUAUAUGUAUGGUUAUGAGAAGGUUGUAACUUUUCGAUCUAUAGCGAAGGCUAUUAGAUAACAGCUGCUAGUGAUAAAUAUGUAAGCUUUGAUUAUAUAUAUAUAGUUUUAGUGAGUUCUAUAUUAAUCCAUCAAAUUGAAGUUA